GCGGCGGCGCGAGCGGCGCGAGGGGCGGCGCGGGCCGCGGCGCGAGGCAGCAGCGGGCGGGGGGCGGCCGGGCCGGGCGCGGCCGGCGCAGCGACCAUCAUGAUCGCUUUGUUCAACAAGCUGCUGGACUGGUUCAAGGCCCUGUUCUGGAAGGAGGAGAUGGAGCUCACGCUGGUCGGGCUGCAGUACUCGGGCAAGACCACCUUCGUCAACGUGAUCGCGUCGGGCCAGUUCAACGAGGACAUGAUCCCCACCGUGGGCUUCAACAUGCGCAAGAUCACCAAAGGGAACGUCACCAUCAAGCUCUGGGACAUCGGGGGCCAGCCUCGUUUCCGCAGCAUGUGGGAGCGCUACUGCCGAGGCGUGAGCGCCAUCGUGUACAUGGUGGACGCUGCGGACCAGGAGAAGAUCGAAGCUUCCAAGAACGAGCUGCACAACCUGCUGGACAAGCCGCAGCUUCAGGGCAUUCCGGUCUUAGUCCUGGGGAACAAGCGGGAUCUCCCAGGAGCACUGGACGAGAAGGAGCUGAUUGAGAAGAUGAAUCUGUCUGCCAUCCAGGACCGGGAAAUCUGCUGCUACUCCAUCUCCUGCAAAGAAAAGGACAACAUUGACAUCACCCUACAGUGGCUUAUUCAACACUCAAAGUCCCGGAGAAGCUGAGAGCGCGGCCCGCCCUCCCCGGACCAGGGGCCACAGUGGUCAUCCACACCUGAAGGCCGAGCUCCCGCCCGCCCGCCCCCUCCCCAGCCCGCCCCGCCCCCUCGGCGUGGGCGGGGCCUCUGGGGCUCCUGUUCUGCUGAGGCUGAAACUCCUGUUUUUAUUGUAAAAUAAGCGGCUCCCUGUUCUGGCCCCCUGGCCUCUGCCCCGCCCCUCCCCAGCCCCUCUCCGCGCCCCCAGCCCUGCCCUUUUCUCCCCCGCCCCUCUUCAAUACUUCUGUUAGUGUCCUGUGUGUACAGUAUAUAUAUGUAUAUAUAUUUUAAUUUUUUAAUUUAAGCAAAGACUAAAAUCAACCAUUUGAUGCUGCAGGGGCCAGUUAGGAUCUGGGCAGGGGUGGUCCGGAGUGACGGGCAGAGAAGCAGCGGUGGAGGCUGGCGUGGAGGGAGGGGUGCGGGCAGGUACCGGCCGGGCGCUGGUGGCAGCCCGCUCGUGCCGGGCCACCCCGCUGCCCAGCCUGGCUUGUCUCUGCAGCACGUACCUGUCCCAGGUGGUUGGGACCCUCCGCGGUGCCCCCCACACACACCUCAGGUGGGCCACCAGGACAACCGGGGCCCAGCGCCCGCCGGGUGGGGUGGAAGCCAGCGCCCAGGCCCUGCAGCCCCCCUGCCUGCUCCCACCCCUCCAGGCCCCCUGGGCCUGGCCCACCCCGUUUUCUGUUCUCGUUCGCAGAGGGAGAGCACUCAGCACGGGGUGGUUCUUUGAGUUCUGUUUGUUUGUUUGUUUAAUUUAAUGAUUUGUAAAGUGACGUUCCUCUUCCUUUUUUUACACGUCCCGGCCCAUAUGUAACCUCUGUUUGGAGAACGAUUCUUGUAACUGUACAUUUUUUUGCCUCCUAACAACGAGAAUAAACGACUGAUUUUGUGUUGGGG